AUGGCGGGCAAGGCAGGGGAGCCUCGGAUCCCGCUGUCACUGCAGUGCUCCCGGCUGAAGGCUGAGGAGAAGACCCUGGAUUUUGAGUUUGAGGUGGUCAGUGCCCAGUUUAACCAGCGGGGCCACUAUGCUCUGCGGCUCACCGUGGAGAAUCCGCUGCUGCAGGGCUCUGGCACUGGCGUCCAGCUCAGCAUCAACAGCGGGAAGGUCAUCCGGAGCAGCACUGGCACCACUGACACCAUCGAGCAGGCCAACCUCAACCAGAUCUACUCCUUCCAGAGGAGGAAAUUCACCUUCACCCUGCCCAGAGGUUUCUGCAAGAACGACAAGAACCACGACGUGCGGCUGCGCAUCGAGGCCCUGCACUUCCCCAGGAGGGCAGAGAGGAUGAGGAGCAGCCAACAGGUGGGCGAAGCCUUCUUCGCCAUCUACCCCCGCACCAACCAGCCCCGGAUGAAGCUCUCGGCCAGGAGGGAUGAGGACUGGUACCGCUACAGCGCCGUGAUGACUUUGCUGCGGGUGGGCAGCGAGCAGCCGGCGAUGCACUGCGGCCGGCUGGCCUUCACCGCAUCCCUGCACGAGCACCGGCCACCCACCACACUGGCUUCACCCUCACCACUGUCCACUGGUACCCAGGAGAUAGAGGACCAGCAAGCAGCAUCCCCAGCCCUGGACAUCCCUGUUCCCAGUCGGUCACUCCGUACGCCCGAGUCUGCUUACCGCUCGCUGCCGACCGAGGGCCAUGCCCGCUCACCUGAGAGGCUGCCGGCUGACCCUGCACUCAGCUCCUCCCCGGAGCUCCCAGGUGACUCAGCAGAUGAGCAUCCUUCCUCCUCCUCCUCCUCUUCCUCCGUGCCUGCCCCUGCUGUGUCCAGCCUCAGCAGCUUCCACCUCUCCUCACCAGGCUACAGCCCGGAUCUGGCCUCCUCGCCAGCGCAGGUAUCCGAGUCUCCUGCCAAGACGGACGAGCCUGGGCAUGCAGCGGGGGCUGGGGGGGGGCACGUGGCCCGCAUGGGGAAGGAAGCCAUCAUCGUCACCCUCCAUGGUGCCAGCAACCUGCCAGCCACGCGGGAGGGCCAAGUGCCAUGGCCGUACGUUGUCGUUAAGACCAGCAGAGGGGAUGAGCAGAAGCCAGAGGCGCAGGCCACCCAUGCAUCGUCAGUGCCCACCCACGCACCCACCUGGGAGGAGGAGGUGACAGUGCAAAUGGAUGCUGAAGAUGCUGGCUGGGCAGCCCUGACUCUCACCGUGGCAGACAAAGCCACCAAGGAGGCAUUGGGGACCUUCCAGCUGCCGCCGUGGACACGGGACCCUGUGGGGAUGGUCCUACAUGUCACCAUCAUCCGCAAAGGGAGCUUCAUCCCUCGCUGCAACGGGUUGAGCUACGUGGCCUUGGAGGUGCUGCUGCGGGGGCUGUCGGCUCCCCUGGCCACCCCCUCUGGGCCCCUCGUUGCCGUGGCCAGAGUUGUGACCAACAUUCGGGAGUAUGAGCACCGCAUGGAGAAGCAUCCCAUCGCUUGUCCCGGCGUCAGCCCCACCACCGUCACAUUCCCGGACCCUCCGGCAGCAGCCUUCAGCCUCACCCGAGCUGCCAACCGCGGUUGCCCCCAGAUGUCCCGACCAGCUGGACCCCCAGAGCAGCCAAUGUGGGACACCUCCUUCCUCUUCCAAGGCCGAGACGUGGCCACCAUCUUCUCUGAAGACACCGCCUUGGCGAUCGAAUAUUAUCCGUACAAAGCUGUCUGGGAUGCUCCGGGCACCCUCCUUCCCUUGGGAUACUCGGUGCUGCCCCUCACCAGCCGUGUUUUCCGGGAGCUGGCAGCGCGGAGCGGCGGGAUGCGCGUGGAUGGCCUUGCCGUGCAGGAGGUGGGCAGCUACCGCCUGGCCCUGAAGCGGAUGGCAGGGGACCUCCUGUCCCUGCGCCAGAAAGUCACCAGCCUGGAGAUGGAGAACGGGCUCCUGCGGCGCAGCCUGGCCUCGCAGGAAGAGCUGGGCCACGGUCUGCUUGCCGAUGUGGACCUGGACGUCAUGACCCGGGAGGAGCUGCUGGACAGGCUGGCCACUCUCAAGCGCAAACUGGUGGCCAGCACAGCGGAGAUGAGGAGGCUGAAGGACCGUGUCCAGCAGCUACAGAAUGAGCUGAUCCGGAAAAAUGACCGCGAGAAGAACCUGGUGUUGCUCCAGCGAGCCCACUGGCAGCAGCAAGCUAUGCUGAGGAGGUGCCAGGAGAAGGUGGGCAAGACAAAGGGCUUGGAGGAGACGGUACGGCAACAGGAGAAGGUGAUCGAGGCAAUGGAGCGAGUGCUGCAGGAGAAGCUCUCUGGGGCAGGCGGGACCACUGAGAAGCCGGCGGGCGAAGCCCUCUCCGGGGAGGUGUACGCCGCGCUGCUGGCCGAGAACCGCAGGCUGCGGGAGGAGCUGGCGAACACCCCCAAACCUUCACUCCCCGUCGCCCCACGGCCCCCAGUCUUGCCGGUGAGACCGGGGAGCGGGUACAGGGCUGGGGUGGGGGUCAGAGCCGUGGCACCCCGGAAAGCAGUGCCGGGGGGUAACUGGGCAUGCCGGGGGCAUCACUCACACAACAUCUCCGGCUCCGUGGGGCGAUAG